CUUUUUGAUUUUUCUUCUUUUUUCUUCCUCAAUCAUCAUGGAAACUAAUCUACAACAGGUGAAGAACAGUUCUCAAACUUUUUCUGAAAAGCAAAACCCUAAACAAGAAGCUUCACCAAUAUCAUCCACUUGUUCUUCUCCUACUCAUGACUUCUCUUUUACUAUCUCUCUCCAGCCUCUCUCUUCUUCCUCAAAACAUAUCAGCCCUACUCUUAGAGGUUCAACCAAAACGACAUCGUCUUAUCAACAAACCGAUCCUUUCGCCGUCGACUUAUCUCCGGCCGAUGAGAUCUUCUUCCACGGCCAUCUUCUUCCUCUCCACCUCCUCUCUCACCUCCCUGUCUCUCCUCGAACUUCCACCAGUUCUUAUAAUGACGGAUUUACCCUCCCCGUCAAAGAUAUAUUACCUGACCAGCCCACAAACAACAACAACACUGAAAACGCUAUCACAACCAUUAGUACGGAGGCAAAGAACGACAACACCAGCGACAAAGCAGAGAGCGAGAAUCUUUCUCGGGUAAAAACCAAACCCAUGAAGUCAUUUUCUCUCUUUGGUUUAUCAAAAUGGAAAAAGAGUUUUGAAAGCAACGAGCGAGAACAAGAACAGCAGCAACAGAAGAUCAAGAAACCUAUGAGCUUAGACCUAAGUCACGCGGUCAAGAAGUACAUAAGGAUGUUGUUUCAGAAAAGAGGAAACGGCACGCAGUUUAGAAACAGAAGACAAACUUCUUCUUAUUCUUUCUCUUCCUCUCUUAUGGGUCCGAACGGAAACAGCAAAACAAUGAUUAAUGGAUCAUACAACAAGAGAGAUCUGAUUAGAGGAAGGAGAGGUGAGUUGUUCUCGGCUCCGGCGUCGAUGAGAACAUCUCCGACUAAUAGUGGACAUCUCCGUGUGUCCACGGCUGGACUAUCGUCAAGCUCGGGGUCCACGUCAUCAUCGUCUAGUGAUAGUACCAUGGAAGAGUUACAAGCUGCGAUACAAGCGGCCAUUGCUCAUUGCAAGAACUCAAGCGCCGUUGAUCGUGAUGAUAAGGUUAAGGAUUCUUGAUUUGGUUUUUUCUUUUGUCCUUAAUCUGUUGUUCUUU